GUUUGUGGUCGCGUACCAACCACCAGUCUUUUCCAUAUUACCCACCCAGAGGUGCCUAACAAGCCUGACGCGAUCUGAGGUGUGUCUUGGUCUUGUAGGGGCGUCGAGGUGGUUGAUCUCGAGUCUUGCAGAAUUAUCAACGACGCCUCCAGCUGUUUGCCUCUGCCUCUGCCUGGACCUGGACCCCAACCGCGAACCACGCACCACGCACCACGCACCACGCCGCCGUUCGCACAGAGUGCAUGUCGUAGAGCAGGCCUGAUAACCUGCUCAUCUGCAGACUGCGGACUGCGGACUGCGUACUGCAUUGCAGACUGCGGAUUGGCACAGUGCCAGUCAACAGUCAGCCACCCCUUCGCUUCGCCCCAUAGCCCAGCCCAGCAAAAGAAACAAGUGCUUUUUCACGCGACAACCCAUGCGGCACCACCAGCUUUGGCCAUCAUCCCCUCCAGUUUCUGAUCCAGUCUCUUACAAGCCCUUUUCUCUGUUCACUCCUCCUACUCCUGCCAGCCAGCGCCGUGCCGAUAAACAACCCCCACGAUACCCAACCCACGCCCACGGGCUCGGCCAUACCUUCCACUGCACCCUGCGUGCAAUGUAGCUGAACUCAAGGCUGGACAACGUCUCUCGAGCCACAGACACGCGGUCCCCCUGCCACCAUGGUCAAGAUAGACGUCAACCAGGACUACUAUGCAGACCUGGAGCUGCCACAGUCGGUCGACACCGAGACCGUCAAGAAACAGUACAGAAAACUUGCCCUCAAAUACCACCCCGAUCGAAACCCCGGCAGCGAGGUCGAGGCCGGCAAGAGGUUCACCAGGAUCCAGGCAGCCUACGAGGUCCUUACCAACCCAGAGCAGAAACAGCGAUACGACAACUCGCGUCGGUCUCGCUUCCCCGGCGCGUCCGGCGUCCGGGGCAACCCAUGGCAAGAUGUCUCCAAGAACUACCCUCCGCCGCCACGCCCGCCAGGCUUCCCUCCCCAGCGCCCGCCCCCUCCCAAGAGACCUGGUAGUCAGACCGGCGCCGCUAGGUACGCCCACAUGGCGAAUGACGCCAAGUCUGCCUCCCCUCGACCCAGCCGGAAGCCCGCCGAAGAGACGUGGAAGGCCUGGGAGGAGAUGAGGCCCGGUACCAAGGCCAAGGCAACCGCCGGCCAGGCAUCUGCUUCUGGGGCAUCCGCAAGAGCCUCGAGUGCCCCCAGGCCCUCGGCAGCACCACCUCCAGUGCCACCUCGCUCUCCUCAGAAACAGCCCAAGGGGUCUUUUGGUCAUCGCGUCAGCCGUGGCUACACGCCUCAGUCGCCUAGUGGGGAUGAGCCAUCCGUUGCCGGCAACAACUAUUUCACAACCAGGACCCAUACCAAUCUCUUCACUGAGACCUCUUCAGCAGCGCAGGCUCGGCGGCGCGAGCCCUCAAACCCCACCCCUAGCUCCGAGUUUCGCGAUAGUACAUUCAUGGACACCAGGCAGAGGACGCCUUACAUGUCACACGGCGGGGAGAAACUCGACCCAUUCCAGGGCGCCGCCAACAUCAACCGGUCCCGCAGCACGCGAGAGACGAAUUCCACGUCUUACCGUCACACCGACGGCGAGGAUUCACCACCUUCCGGCGCGCGUCAACGUCGCGCCAGUGUCCCCGACAACCUAGACAACGACCCCAAGGGAAAGCGGAGGGAAGACAGCUACGUGAAUGGCGCCGCCGACCCAAGCAUAGGCACUGAUGGCUUCGACCCGACUCCCGAGGCAACAUCCCGUACCCAGCAGGAGGGUGUGGACGGCAAAGAAGGAUCCAAAUUCAGCUUUGGUGUGCAGAUCGACGAAUCAUUCACUGACCGCCACCGAUUUUCCAGGAACAGCGCCGAUAACAUCAACACUAGGUUUGUUGCUGAUGAGAGUGAUGCUACUAACUGGCAGUUCAACGCUGGAUCACCAGUCGACGAGACUGGGCGACCAGCCAUGCCGCGAUCCAAGUCUGGAAGUCGAGUCGGUCGCCAAUCGUCCUUCCGCGCCAACCACUUUCAGGCGCCCUCUGCUGAGCCUGCUAACGAGGGUGGCCCACCCCAGAACAGCUCAUUCAACCCUGACGAGUGGUCUGAGAAGAUUGGGCCCCAGAUCUUCCAGGCAUCGGGUGCGCACAAGGCAAACACAGCCCGGCCGAUCCGCAACAAUAGCAAGAAGCCAAAGCCUGUCCGUAUGACGACAGGCACGGCCGGCAUGGUUGAGUCUGAUGAGAGCAGCAGUGGGCAGGACGACAAUCUCAAGCCAACCACACCAGGGAACACGAACGGGAUCAACGAGACGGCCAGCCCUAAUGCCAUGGAUAUCGACCCUCCUAUGGACUAUCUCAGUGCGAAAGGGGUGCGCAACAUCCCCGUCGAGCCAUCGCGUCCGGAGUGGAGGGCUGGUGAUGUCAAGGGAAUGACCCCUGGUCUGACCCCUGGCGCGGUCCCCCAUGCUAUGGGAUCGGAAGAUACUGAAGAGUUCCGGGCCAGUCUCUCCGACCUGAAGAACGUGGAGCCUUUCGCCCAACGUCCCACAGGCCUGGAAUCAUUCGGAGACCUGAAAUCGACACUUCCGUUCCAGAGUGGUCCGUCAGGCCAGGCUCCCGUUGCACAGCCCCAGCCCAACCCCAAGACAAACAACCUCGGCCUUCCGGUGGCACCGAAGCCUCCAAACGCACCGCCUACGUUCGCCGUGCCGGGUCUCAAACCAUCGGCGGCUGCAUGGGAGAAGUAUGCUGUCGAGUUUCAUAAGUACCUGACGGAAUGGCACAAGUUUAACACCAAGUUCUCCGACCACUUCCUUGCAAGGAACCUCGAGGUGCAGAAAAAGGUGGCCGAUUCCGCCUGGGUCAAGUCGAGAGACUCCUCGGGUAUUCAGGAGUACCUCACGUGGGCCGAGGAGGAUCGACAGGUGCGUGCCACAUGGGUACAGGCUUGCGACAACCAUGAGAUGCAUGUCAGGGUCUUCAUGGCUCACCGGGAGAAAAUGAUGAAGUAGACCUCGGCAGACCGGCAGAGGAAGUGACUUCAUUUUGGUUCCGGCAGAAAAGCCGCAGAGCAAAGUAUCAUGGGAGUAUUGAAUUCGGCAGAGUGUUUCCCCAAACAGACUGCUUUGUACCGUCAAGGUCUGAGAGGGCAUCGAUCCGGCCGGUACGUUUGUUCAGCGAGGUCACAGUCCCUCGAUUCAGCAACAAAUGUGCUUCUCCGAAAAAAACUCUUUGCUCCGCUCUGGUACAGCUCCAUGCCUGGAUGCCCCCAGCAAAUAUGGCUCUCUUGUUUGCGAGCCGCUGGGGUCUCGGAACUGGGCCCAUCGGUGCAUACGAUGCUUUAAUAGGCUGGGAUCAAUCGUGGAGCUUCAUCGAGUUGAGGCCAACUGCGACGAGGGACUCAUGGGACACGUCAAAAUUUGUCCCAUCAGAGAUGCCGGGCUCCAUGGCCAUGGGCCGAUAAAUCCAGGGCACUUGAAGUCUCGGUGCCUGGUCGUGGAUGGCCAACGAGUAACGACGGGUUUGGGGAAACAAGUUCAUGGAUAGGCAAGGAGUGGGAAGGCGGUGUUUUGGUACAAUACCUGUCUCGCAUAUACAUUAAUGAAUCGGCAAGAGCAUUGUUCCAGCGUGUAUCUUGUUUUAAAACAGACCGGGCUCGGGGAUGGAGGAACGGUCGCCGUCCUUUGGGAGCUGUCGUCUUGGGAUAUAUUUCUCUAGGCAUAGAUCAGAUACACCGACCCUCAAAGCUUGAUUAUUGAA